AGGUGACUGCGAAACUCCCCAGCAGCAGUGCUCCCGGAGGGGCAGCAGCAGCAGCAGCAGCAGAUGAGAGGGAUUAGCGCCGGAGCGGAGCCGCGGCUCGUUGCGGAAAACAAGCCGAGUCUGACUGCAGACUGGCGCCGAGACGCACCGUGAGGGAACCGGGCUCCACAGCGCAGAGGAGCGGAACCGAACCGCGGUGACCACAAUGUCCAUCCACAUCGUGGCUCUGGGCAGCGAGUGCCCCGGAGGUGUCGGCCCCGGCGAGGAGAUCAUGGGCCAGGGGCAGCUUCAGGGAGGCCUGCUGUGGAGCUACCUGGGCCACGGAGCCCUGGCGGGACCCUGCGACCUGGAGAGCAGCAUGCACAACCCGGCCUUCAUGGAGUACACCUCAAGGGUGUUUGGGGAUGUCACUGUGGUGGUUCGGGACUGCCCCAGCUGGGACCUGUUGGACAGCGAUUGGGCAAGCGUACGGAAAGUUCUUGAGCAGGCUGACAUCCUGGUCAUCAAAUACUCAGUCACAGACAAGCUGGCCUUCCAACAGGUCAGGAACGGCUACGCCCCGAGACUCCGCCCGCUCCUGAAGCACUGGGGUGUGCCCGUCAUCCUGGUCGCUGUUGGAGCGCGGCUGAACGAUGAAGGUCCUCCAUGCACGUGCCCGCUGUGUGCGUCCGACUGGAGCAGCUGUGUGCCUCACAGCGAAGGUCUGCAGCUGUCCCGGGACCUGGGGGCCACCUACCUGGAGCUGCCCUCUCUCAACCAUGUCUUUGUGGGGCGGUACUUUGGCAGCGUGCUGGAGUACUUCAUGAUUCAGUGUCUGAAACACAAAGCCAAAGAGAGGCCAGAGAAGAGGCGAGGAAAUAAAGUGAACGAUCUCCGUCCCCCUCACUUAGAACAACCAGCACGUCUCCCCCCCAUCCGAGUAGAGGAGUCCAGCUUCUCCCAGGACAUGCAGUGGUUGUUGGAGCGUGGCGUACAGUUCGCCGAUGUGGCUUUCUACGCUGGGGACUCUGGGAAGGAGCUGGGCUGGGCGCAUGCAGCUGUGCUGUGUGCUGUCAGUCCGUACUUCAGACAGCUGCUCCUGGGGCCCAAGACCAGGGAACGUCCCCAGUCGCGGUGUGUGUGCAGAGAGCGGGAUGGAGGCCCGCAUUCGCUACUCUCCACCUGGGACGGGGCGAUUAUUGAUGACAUGCCACGAACAGAGGGGCAUCUGACAGGACGCCUCUCCCGUCUGGUGGUGAAGGAUCCCCUACUGUGUAUGUGCUUGUGGGAGACUCUCAUGUUCAUUUAUAGAGGAGCGUGGGAGUGGGAUCACCUUCAGGAGGCCCUGGAAGAGAAGCUGAAGAAUUCACUUGCUGUGGCUCAGCUUAUGGAGCGCGUACGAUCCCUCAUCGGCAGAGACAGGGGCCCCAGGGACACACCAAGUGCCCGGGCAGCUCAGCUCGGCCCCCAGACUCUUGUCAACCUCUUCAAUUCUCCUCUUUACUCUGAUGUCAUCUUCAUGGUGCAAGGGAGUGUAUUGCCAGCCCAUCGAGCAGUGCUGGUUGCACGCUGUGAUGUCAUGGCGGCCAUGUUCAGCGGGAAAUAUGCAGAGGCCCGAAGCCGAGUGGUGCCCAUCCACGGCGUCUCCUCAGAUACCUUCCUGUCUUUCCUGGAGUACCUCUACACUGACUCCUGCUGUCCUGCCAGUGUGCUGCAGGCCAUGGCCGUGCUGGUCUGUGCGGAGAUGUACCAGGUGAAACGUCUGCAGCAUCUGUGUGAAGUGUGUGUGUGCGCUUACCUUCAGAGCAUGCCCAGUAGAGAGCUGUCAUCAACGGGUAUCAGUGUGAUCCGACUACUCCGCCGAGCAAAGUGCCACAAUGCAGAGCAGCUGUAUGUCUGGCUCCUCCACUUUAUCGCCAACAACUACCUGAUCUUCAGUCACAAACCCGACUUCCUGGAGCUCUCAGAGGAGGAGCGUGAGCAGGUGGAGAGGCUACGCUGGCCGUCCAGAGGCUACCUGCAGGAGCUCAGCGAGUACCAGCAGCGGCGACGCAAAUUACGCAAGUCCCGCUGCAUAGUCAUGUGA